AGUCAAAUUUCAUCUUGACCCGUGUUAUUCUAUGAUUCUAUAGUUUGUUAGAGUAAUAGUCACAGAACACUAAUAAUCUAAUAGUGUUCUGUCAUCUGUGUUCUUUAUGUUGUUUUUAUUAUUACAAAAUACAAACUGUACGAAACAUUCAAAUUAAUUAAAGCAUUGCUGUAAGUCUUACAGUGACAGCAUGGUUGGUUUAGGGAUUCCUGUAAAGCGAAAAGCUGAAAAUGGGAGUGCUGUUGGGCCGCGGUCAAAGAUGCCAGCUUCCCUCAUUCAGUUGGAUGCUGGUUUUAUGUGGAAUCUACAGGCACUAUCGAAGGCAGCGGCUUCUGUUCAGUCAGGCGCCAAGUCACCAGUCUCGGCACUGAACGAGCUCGGUGUUCAUGUUAAUUACGAGCUCAUUGACUACCGGGGCCCAGCACAUAGCCCAUUCUUCACAGUUUGCGUUACCGUGGCAGACAUGAGGUUUCAUGGUGCAGGAAGCAGCAAGAGAGAAGCGCGGGCGAGCGCUGCCAAGAGCUGUCUCAGUUCGCUUUUGGCGAAAGUCGGCCAAAUUGGACCCAGUGGACUUGAAAUGGACUUUACAAGCGACCAAGUGGCUGUUACUCCAAUGCCUGAAAGUCAAGCCAUCACAACUCACCAGGCAGGCGAGGUUCCCGUGAAACUUCCUUCUACUGCCAGCCCUGCUUCGAGUUUGUUCGGCGCGGGCGCGGCGACUUCGCCCCAGAGUUACAAGAGCCCCAUUAACAUGCUGUACGAGACAUAUCCCACCUGCUUAUUCGUCUGCACGUACGGGGAUGGGACGCCGCUGGAUUCCGAUACUGCUCCACUACAACUAAAUCACAGUAUGAGGUUCAAGGUGGUCUGUCAUAUCGAGGACAAGAUUUACGAAGGAUUCGGUUCAAGCAAAAAGCAGGCUAAACUGGCCGCGGCUCGGUCUGCGAUGGCAAGCGUCGUAGAAGCACGAUCGUUGCCAGUUGCGAGCGAUACGCCGAUGUUGCCACAGGGACUUGCAGACCUCGUCGCCAAAUUGGUGAACGAGAAGUUCAACGAGCUGAUGAAGAAUGACCUGGUACAUCUGAGGCGUAAGGUGUUGGCUGGCUUCGUCAUCACGGUUGAUAACAGUCCACAGAAUGCUAAGGUCAUAGCAGUCACCACUGGCACGAAGUGUGUUUCCGGUGAGCAUAUGUCGGUGCGGGGGCGCGCUGUCAACGACUGUCACGCUGAGGUGGCAGCCCGGCGUUGUCUUCAGAGAUACUUGUACUCACAGUUGCUGAUGUACGCGAAUGCCGAUGAUCCAAAGCAGAUCAUAGAACAAUCAGACCUGGAGCCGCUACCAGAAGGAGGCUACAAGCUCAAAGACAACAGACAGAUACAUCUGUAUAUAAGCACAGCGCCGUGUGGAGACGGCAGAAUCUUCAGCCCGCACGAGAGCCACUGUGAGCCGGACAAACAUCCAAACAGACUGGCACGUGGACAGCUGCGUACUAAGAUCGAAUCAGGCGAAGGAACUAUUCCAGUUAAAAACUCGAAUCUAAUACAAACCUGGGAUGGAGUUCUACAGGGAGAGCGCUUGCUCACAAUGUCGUGCUCGGAUAAGGUGGCUCGGUGGUGUGUGACGGGCCUGCAGGGCGCGUUGCUCGCGCGUCUGUUGCGGCCCGUAUACGUCACGUCGCUCGUGCUCGGCUCGCUGCUUCACACCGAGCACAUGUACAGAGCGAUCUGCGGCCGGUACGAGGGUUACCUGCAAGCGCUUCCACCCCCGUACCGGCUAGUGGCUCCCCUGCUGGCUCGAGCUGCCAGUACUGAGGCUAGGACUCCGGCACGGGCACCCACCUUCACUGUUGUCUGGUGCUCCACCAAUCCGAGUCCGGAAAUAAUCAACGCAGUGACAGGCAAGUUGGAGAAUGACCAGCCAUCGCUCCUGUGUAAGCAGGCCAUGUUCGCCAGGUGGCAGUACUUGAUGAAGAAGCUACCGCCGCUGCCUGAGGAGGGCGACAGUACAUCUAACAGGCUGCCACAGAAUCUGGACUCCCUUCUGUACAAUGAAGCCAAACAGAUCUCAUCAUCCUACCAGGUAGCGAAGCAGUGCCUAAUGACAGCAUUCGAGAAAGCGCACCUCGGCAAGUGGGUGAAAAAACCAAUAGAACAGGAUCAGUUCCAGUGCGAAAUAACUGACGCCGAUCCGUCGAUACUGUUCGCCUAGGCGGCUUAUGUACGACGCUAUUAUACCACCAUGCAGGAUAUUAGUGCAGAAUUUGGGAGCUCUGAUAAUACGCAUUAUAAUUUUGAAACGACAGAAGAGAAAAAUAUAAAAGACGUUAAAAUUACUGAUAAUCAAAAUUCUGCUGACACCAAAAAAGUUUUAGUUGAAUUAUGUGUUCGUGAUGAAUCAUAUAGUAAAGAUAAUUUAAAAAACAUGUUUGUUGAAAACAAAUAUUGUAAUAAUUUAGCUUAUAUGUCACAAAUAAAAGAAAAAUUUAUUAUUAAUAUCAGUAAAUUAAUGAUUCCUUGCAGAUAAUUUAAGCUAAAUGAUUAAAUGCAAUUAUAUAAAUCUCAUUUCGAUAAUGACAAUUUUUCAAUCUCAAAACUAUAUAUAGAGGAUAUUAUUUAGAUAAUACGUUUAAAAGGACUUAGCAAAUAAAAAGCAAUUCGCGAAUAAAAGAAUCUUGUUACAAAAAAAAAUAUGGCGUAAUUAAAUUAAAAUUCAUCUCAUCUGAUCUGUGAAUUGAUUUCGACGUACCGAAAAUAUCGUUAAUUAUCAGAAAUCCACAAAUUUUAAUAACGUUAUUUUCAUAUAUUUUUUUCUGCAUGGUGCUAUAAGAGUUUGUUUGUAACCAACUUAGGCGACAGCGGUAUAAGUCAUUGAAAUAUUUUGUAGAUUUAGGGAUUGUGUCCUCCAAUAGUAAGAAAAUCAUCCUUCCCAGUUCCUAAUUCUUUACAAAAUCAUAAAUCAACCUGCCAUAUUAAGCCCAUUCAUUGCACAAUAAAUUAGUCUUUUAAGUCACACAUUUUUUUAGGUGUCAUAUAUCAGUAGUUCAGACUAGAAUUAUGUUGAUAAUUUUGUUUUAUCUUAUUUUAUUACUUAAUUGUAUAUUUAACUAGUUAAUUUGCCAUAAAACAUAAUUGUAAUUUCAAAGUUGAAACAUCAGUAUUAAUAUUUCGAUCUCUGUCAUCAGUCCCACUAUUUUUUUAAUAUUUAUUAUAAAUUUAAGAAACAGCACACUUAUUGUUAUACAACAUUGUUUAGCUAUUUGUGUCCUAAGACGAUACCAUGUGGUGUACCAUAAGAUAUUCGUUUCGGUAAAUAAAGCUUAAUAAAAUCAA